AUGUCGAGUUCGGAAGUCCUUGGGGAAGUGAAUGCCGAUCAUGCUGACGAUGCGACUUGGGUGCUGACGAGCAGCUUCGUGAUCCUAACCAUGCAGAGUGGUUUUGCGAUGUUGGAGAUGGGCUCCUCAGGAAAAGGCCACGAAGUGAACAUCCUUGUCAAGAAUGUCUACGACGUGGUGUGUGGUGCUCUGGCAUACUACUCGUUAGGCUACGGCAUCUCCUAUGGAUCGCCAUCGAAUGCAUUCACUGGGCAUGGGGACUUUCUAAUGGACAUUUCGGCAACGGACCCUAUCAGCUCGGGGCUUCGGUUCAGCAACUUCAUUUUUCAGUUCAGUUUUGCUGCUACAUCCACAACCAUUGUCAGUGGCUGCCUUGCCAUGCGCUGUUGUUUUGUUUUAUACUGCUUGUACUCCUUCUAUGCUGUGCUUGUGUAUUCCUUCGUAGCACACUGGGUUUGGUCAGCUAAUGGCUGGCUGGCACAGUUGGGAGUGCAUGACUUUGCUGGCAGUGGCCCCGUGCAUCUGGUGGGUGCAGUGAAUGGGUUGAUAGGGAUUUUGGUGUUGGGGCCACGCCACGGCCGUUUUGAUGGCACCCGCCCACCAGAAGAUUUCAGAGCUUCAUCUCCUAGCAGUCUCUUGAUUGGCCUCUUCAUGCUGUGGUGGGGCUGGAUUGGCUUCAACUGUGGCAGCUCCUUCGGAAUUACGCAGUUCAAGUGGAUUGUCGCCACCCGGGCGGGUGUAACGACCAUCAAUGCAACUGCGGGCGGUGGAACGGCUGCCUUCCUGUACACCAAAGCCAAGUCGAGGGGAAGGCUCAUCGUCGCGGAUGAAGUUGCCAACGGCAUAUUGGGGUCCUUGGUGGCAAUCACUGCCACCUGCGCGUGCGUGCACCCUCCAGAGGCACCCUUAAUUGGUGCAGCCGGUGGCAUUCUCGCUUUGCUGACGAACGAUUGGAUUCUGCGUUUGCAGAUUGAUGACCCGGUCGGCGCGAUUGGCGUGCAUGGAGCAUCAGCGGUGUGGGGCAUUCUCGCGGUAGGCCUCUUCGCUGAUGGCAAUUUGCCGGGCAUUGAGGUGGCCAGCGGUCUCUUCCGAGGAGGUGGGCUGCAGCUGCUGGGUAUACAGCUGCUCCUUGUGCUGUCAAUACUUUGCUGGUCCUUCCUCACAGUGCUGCCAUUCUUCCUCUUGAUUGGUUGGGCCUUCAGCGGGGAUUGGCGGAACCCUCGAAAAGGCCUGCGGGUCGAUGUCGCCGAGGAACUAAAUGGAUUGGACAGUGCAUACCACGGAUGUCCUCCCAAGAAGAAGAAGAAGACGCACGAACCGACUGCGGUGCAGGAGAAUGCUUCGGUAGAAGACAUAGAAGAUGUUGCUGACGAUGUGAGCGACGUAGAGCUGCCUGCAUUGUGUGCAGAGCUCUAG